AGAGUCCACCCACUUUUGCUCCUUAAAACACCGUUAGUGAUCCCUCUGGUUUCACAGCUGUUCCACCGGUUUGGCUGCGUGGGAGACAGAAGAGAAGCAUCUCCUCUUUUACAGAGGGAAAUCAUUGGAAAUUAAACAUAGUUUGGCGUCACUUUUCGCAGAUACAUUCAUGCUGACUGGGAAGUGAGCAUACAACUAAAGCAGCAGAGAUUACUGGCCAAACACGCGGUGCGGCUGAGCCAUGGUGCUGUGCGAGGACAGGGAGUGUGGCGUCUGCUACAUGGCUUACUCCCGGAGGGAGAGGGUGCCCCGCGUUCUGCACUGCCGCCACACGUUCUGCGCGCCCUGCCUGGAGAUCAUGGCCCAGCCCAAGAACAGCCUGCUGACCGUGCGCUGCCCGCUCUGCCGUCAGAUGACCUGCGUGGGCCGGGGCCUGGGCCUGCAGGAGGCCCUGUGGGUCGACGCCAAGGUGUGGGACCAGAUCUCCGAGAGCGAGGAAGAGGAGGAGGAAGAGGAGGAAGAGGAGGAUGGCGCAAGCAGACAGACGCAAGCUGUGCCGCCGGCUGAACGACCCACCCCCAAGCAGUCCAGGUCCAAGCUCAAACUUCCUGCCUUCCUGAGGAAACUCAAGAAGCCGCAGCAAGAAAGAAUUUUGCCCGUUUGCAACAUAGAGAUGAAAUCUUGGCGUCGACUGACAGCUGAGGAAACACUUUAGAAGGACUUUGAAAGGGAAAGGGAACCCAAACAACAGCCUAUUUUAGUCCACAAGCCUUUUUGUAUUUGUUUUGUUUUUAAUUGCCCCAAAAGGGCAUGCCUGUGUAAAUGAUAUGCUCAAAUCCAUAAGAACUCGUUGAAAACGACAAGAUACUGGAAGAGAGGUUCAAGGUUAUUACAUUCACAUUUGUACAUUUACACAGAGAUAGGCCUUGUCUAGUGAAGUGGUGGAACUAAUAUUAUUAUGAGAAGGCUCUGUCAAAGGGGUCUGUCAAUUGGCUGCUUGUCUGUAAUCCCCCACAGCUGGUGUUGUGGGAUUUGGUUCAGCUGUAGUCCUCCCAAGAGAGCAGGUGUCUAUCCCCGACCCAGGGUCCUUCCGACAGAUGGCCUCCUAUAGGCUAACCCCAAGAGACCCCACCCACCUUAAACUAAUUAUACACUACUGUCUCCGGUUGAGAGUCGCUAACUUAUUCUAUACUUUUGUAUUAAUACAAUUUGAAAUAUUUCUAAUAAACAUUUUAAAGAUGUAAA